AUGACAGCCGGAGAGACGAGGAUAUCGUCCCAGCCCCGCUCCCCCUCCUUGCCGGUGGGGAUGAUCCUGGCCUAUGAAUCCGACUUUCAGAGACUGGAGAAGGAGACCCACACGGCACAAGGCCCCUUCCCACAUAGGGACAAGAUGGCCAACACACAUGCUGAAGGGGACC